AUGGUCACCGCUAUCAAGCUGGACGACAUCGCAAAAGCUAUGGGCGACGUCGUCAGCGCCUUCACGGACGACCCGGUGGGUUUCGUGGUCGAUUUCGGCGUCGAUAUCAUCCACGACAAGGUGAAUGAUCUCAUGAACUGCUACAAGGGACUGUCAGGCCAGGCGGCGCCAAAAUGCUCCGAGCUCAACACUCUGAAGGCGUGCGAGAGCACUGCAACAUCCGCGCUAAGUGCCGCAAAGGUGGCCAACAAGGCGGCAAUGACCGCAACAAACGUAAAGCGACUAGAACCCGGCCUCGGCAAGGUGGACAACGUCCUGUCAGUGACCUCGGACAUGUGCAAGCGCGGCUGCGAGGGAGGUGUGUGCGGCGAUGCAGACGGCAAGGCUGCCGAGACCCUCAUUAUUCGACCCCCGACGAAAUGCGGCAGGAACUGGUACACCAAAACGGGCAAGGUCGAGUUUAGCUACAUGGGCUGCUACGUUGGGUUGACCGACGAUCCCAGCACUUACAGUGAGUGCCCGGCUGCCUACGAGUCCAGUGUGAUCGGGAACGCCAUGUUCGUGCGGUGCGUCGACCAGGACGGCCAAACGCUUAACCUGGAUGCAGAGGUAGCGACAGCAGCAAAUACUCAAGGCAGCCCUUUGAGCUCAUCUGCGAUUAAAGGUGCGUCACUGUGGCUGCUUGCUGUGCUUCUGGGCCAGAAGUUCUGA